AUGGAAACAAUGGAAAACAAGUCUCAUAGUAUAGUCUCACUCAAAAUAAAUGCUAAGCUUCAUGAUGGAGUGUGUCAGCAUUGCAAAGGUAUCUUGGAGUGGCGGGUAAAAUUCAGCAAGUACAAACUACUAUCAAAACCUAAAAAAUGUGUGAAGUGCCUCCAGAAGACUGUAAAAGAUCCUUACCAUAUUAUUUGUCGACCGUGUGCUGGUAAGCUAGAAGUUUGUGCUAAAUGUGGAAAAGAAGAAGAAAUAGUAAUUCCGAUUGAUAAAGGACAAGACAGAACUGAGACUGUAACUGCUAAAAAUAGCCAAGAGAGCAGUGGAUUGGAAGAUGAGCUGGCUUUUCAUACAAACUUCAGUAGUACAGACAGUGAUGAAGAUUCUGAUGUGCUUGAAGAACGAUUUAAAAGUAUGAAUUUUGAACGGGCAGACAUCUAA